AUGGGACAGUCGACCUCAUCCCCAUUGUCCCUCACCCUCGACCAUUGGUCGGAGGUGCGGAAGAGGGCUCACAAUCUCUCCUUGCAGGUCAAGAAGAGUAAAUGGCAGAAUUUCUGCUCGACUGAGUGGCCCACUUUUUCAGUGGGAUGGCCGCCGGAGGGGACUUUCCACCUGCCCCUCAUCCUAGCGGUUAAGAACAUCAUCUUCCGCCCCGGACAAGGGGGCCACCCUAAUCAGGUCGCUUACAUCCUAGUAUGGCAGGACCUCAGGGAGGAACCCCCACUGUGGGUGAAACCCUUUCUUCCCCCUUCUGACUCCUCUAUACCAAAACUCUUAGCUCUGAAAGGACCUCCCGCUUCCGCUCCGGCUCCGGUCCUGCCCGACGCUCCUUCUCCUUCAGCACCCUCUUCACCUGAACCGAACCCCUCUUCUCCUCCGAUACCCACGUCCCCUCUGUAUCCCCCGCUCCCUAUGAUGGCUUGCUCUGGGUCUACACCUCCGGGGCCCACAGGCCCUGCCCAGAACACUCGAAGCAAGCUAUGGCCUGAGGACCCAGUUGUUACCCUUCCCCUUCGCCCCUACGGGCCCAUGAUAGAUGACGGGUCGGAUGGAGGGCAGAUGCCCGCUUUACAGUACUGGCCUUUUUCUACCUCAGAUCUCUAUAACUGGAAAAACAAUAACCCUCCCUUCUCUGAUGAUCCGUCUAAGUUAACAGGUUUAAUGGAUUCUAUCAUGUUCUCCCACCAACCCACAUGGGAUGACUGCCAGCAGCUUCUAGGGGUCCUGUUCACCACCGAGGAGAGAGACCGCAUCCUUCUGGAAGCCCGGAAAGCUGUUCCCGGAGAAAACGGCAGACCCACCCAGAGACCAGACCUGAUUGAUGAUUUCUUCCCCUUAAAACGCCCCAACUGGGACCCCAACUCACCUACCGAUAGGCAGCAUCUUUCUAUCUAUCGCCAGACUCUAAUGGCAGGUGUCCAGGCGGCCGCAAGGCGCCCCACUAAUUUGGCCAAGGUAAGGGAAGUUACCCAAGGGCCUACUGAGACUCCCUCAGUUUUUCUGGAACGCCUGAUGGAAGCUUACCGGCGGUACACGCCUUUUAACCCUGAAGAGGAAGGCCGACAGGGCUCAAUAGCCAUGGCCUUCAUAGGGCAAUCAGCUCCUGAUAUAAGACGUAAGCUCCAAAGGCUAGAUGGUCUGCAAGACCUAACUCUGAGGGAUCUUGUUAAGGAAGCUGAAAAAGUCUACUAUAAACGGGAGACAGAAGAGGAAAAAGAGUUAGCUAGGGACAAAAGACGAAGCAAGGAACUAGCUAAAAUGUUGGCCACAGUUAUUCAGGGAAAACCUGAGACAGGAAAGGGAAAGCCCACUCGCCCCCCAUUAGACCCUGACCAAUGUGCAUAUUGUAAGGAAAAAGGACACCUGAUCAAAGACUGUGAGAGAUUGAGAAAGAAACGAGCCAGAGAGGAACGAGAAAAAUGGUCCUCGCAGUGGCCCCGAGCCCCCAUGCUCGCCUUAGAUGAGGAGGACUAGGGACUUCGGGGCUCGGACCCCCUCCCCGAGCUCAGGGUAAUGUUUAAAGUGGAGGGGACUCCCGUAGAGUUCGAGGUCGAUACGGGAGCUGUUUACUCGGCUCUUCAGGCCCCCUUAGGGGCCCUUUCAACUAAGAAAUCUCUAGUUCAAGGGGCUAACGGGAGCAAAUAUCGCUCGUGGACCACCGAGCGCACAGUUGACCUAGGCAAAGGAAAAGUAAAACACUCCUUCCUGGUUAUUCCUGAAUGCCCUGCUCCCCUCCUGGGACGAGACUUAUUAACCAAACUGGGGGCGAAAAUCUCCUUUGAGCCCCAAGGACCUCAGGUGACAUUCCGUAACCCAAAGGUUGGGCAACCCAUGGUUACAGUGUUAUCUCUAAAAUUGGAAGAUGAAUAUAGGCUCUAUGACCACCGAGACCCCCAGCCCAUCGCCCCUGCCUGGCUAACUGAUUUUAAAGACUCCUGGGCCGAGACAGCUGGGCUCGGGCUGGCAAGCCAGCAACUGCCUGUAGUGGUAACUCUAAAAGCCACCGCCUCCCCUAUUCGAGUUAAACAAUAUCCCAUUAAUAGAGAAGCUCACUUGGGAAUCAAGGUACACAUACAGAGACUUUUAGACCAAGGGGUAUUGACUCCUUUUCGGUCUGCAUGGAAUACCCCACUGCUCCCUGUCAGAAAGCCUGGGGCAAAUGACUACAGACCGGUACAGGACUUGAGGGAGGUCAACAGCAGGGUGGAGGACAUUCACCCCACCGUACCCAAUCCUUAUAAUCUCCUCAGCGGUUUGAAUCCGUCAAGGACUUGGUACACUGUUCUGGAUUUAAAGGAUGCCUUUUUCUGUUUGCCUUUGCACAAAGAUAGCCAGCCCUUGUUUGCGUUUGAAUGGACGGACCCCGAGACUGGGUCCACCGGACAACUGACCUGGACGCGCCUCCCACAGGGCUUCAAAAAUAGCCCAACCAUCUUUGAUGAGGCUCUACACAAGGAUUUAGCCCCCUUUCGGGCUCAACACCCGAACCUCACCCUCCUCCAAUAUGUAGAUGACUUGCUGCUGGCUGCGGACUCCGAGGGUGACUGUACCAGUGGAACUCAGGACCUUUUACGUGAGUUGGCUAUCUUGGGAUAUAGGGCAUCGGCGAAAAAGGCUCAAAUUUGCAAACGAGAGGUAAUUUUCCUGGGCUACUCCUUAAAAGAGGGGAAGAGAUGGCUCACUGAGGCUAGAAAGCAGACUGUGGUCCAGAUUCCCCCUCCCAAGAGCCAAAAACAAUUACAGGAGUUCCUGGGCACCGCGGGGUUCUGCCGGUUGUGGAUCCCUGGGUUCGCGACCUUGGCAGCUCCCCUGUACCCGUUACUGAAGGGGGGAUCUCCCUUUGUUUGGGAAAAAGACCACCAGCAGGCCUUUGAUGCCAUCAAGCGGGCCCUCCUAUCUGCUCCGGCCCUGGCCCUUCCUAAUGUGGACAAACCCUUUACUCUCUUCAUUGAAGAGAAGGAAGGAAUAGCGAGAGGAGUACUAACCCAGGCCUUUGGGCCAUGGAGACGUCCGGUGGCUUACCUCUCAAAAAGACUGGACACUGUGGCGAGCGGAUGGCCGCCCUGCUUAAAAGCCAUUGCAGCGGCUGCCUUGCUCAUUAAGGAUGCUGACAAAUUGACUUUGGGACAGAAAAUAACAAUCAUUGCCCCGCAUACGCUAGAAAGUAUCAUCCACCAACCUCCGGACAGAUGGCUCUCAAAUGCCAGAGUUACUCAUUAUCAGAGUCUCUUACUCAACAAGGACAAAAUAACUUUCGGACCCCCGGUGACUCUCAACCCGGCAACCUUGCUGCCGGACGAAGCUCCAGAACCCAUCCUCCAUACCUGCCAAGACAUCCUGGCGGGAGAGGCCGGAGUACGACCGGACUUAUUGGAUUACCCCCUGUCUGAUGCGGAGGUGACUUACUUCACUGACGGGAGUAGCUUCUUGAUUCAAGGUAAGCGGUAUGCGGGGGCGGCUGUGACCGAUCACUCCAGUGUUAUCUGGACAGCCAGGCUAGAGGACGGGUCCUCGGCCCAAAAGGCCGAGUUGAUCGCUUUAACUAAGGCUCUGGAGCUCGCCAAAGGAAAGCGAGCAAACAUUUACACGGACAGCCGAUAUGCUUUUGCAACGGCCCACAUCCAUGGGGCCAUCUACCGCCAGCGGGGACUUUUGACCUCCGCGGGCAAAGAAAUAAAACACAAACAGGAAAUCCUUCAAUUGCUGGCUGCAAUCAUGUUACCCAAGAAGGUGGCAAUAAUACACUGUAACAGCCACCAAAAAGGGACUGAUCCCGUCACAAGGGGAAACAACCUGGCCGACCAGGCAGCAAAAUCUGCAGCCAUGGGAGGCUCACAGAUGUUGGUGACUGAUAUCAAAGAUUCUCUUCCCAAAGAGAAAGCUCAGAUUAACCAAACCCCUGAGGCAUCUGACCUGACUACUUACAUACAACAGGCCCACCGGCUCACUCAUUUGGGGGUUAAAAAGCUGUGCCUACUGGCCCAACGCCAGGACUUCCCGGGGGCCUCCCCCACUGCCAUACGUCAGGUCGCCACUUGGGUUGUGACUAAUUGUGAGGCAUGUCAAUUGACCAACGCCUACCCUGCCAAGCUGGCCCCCGGCAAAAGGCUACGCGGUACCCGGCCUGGACAAUACUGGGAAGUAGACUUUACAGAAGUUAAACCUGCCCGAUGUGGACUAAAAUAUCUGCUAGUUUUUGUGGACACCUUUUCUGGAUGGACUGAGGCUUUUCCUACCAAAAAGGAAACUGCUGCCAUGGUAACGAAAAAGUUGAUGGAAGAAAUUUUUCCUCGGUUCGGAUUGCCAAAGGUAAUAGGGUCCGAUAAUGGGCCGGCGUUUGUGGCUAAGAUCCUCUUUGGCACUCCACCCCCCAUUCGAGAUCUCACUCCCUUAACUGAACAUGCUGCCUUGUUGCCAACCUCCCUGUCUGACAGGCCCAUCGCCCUCGACAAUCUACAGAGGGACGUGUGGACGCAGCUAGCCUCGGCCUACGCCCCCAGUGAGUUCCCCGCGCCACAUCCGUACCAGGUGGGAGACUUUGUGUUCGUCCGGCGCCACCAACAAGAAACUCUGCAGCCUCGCUGGAAAGGACCAUACCAGGUCCUGUUAACUACUCCUACAGCGGUAAAGGUUGACGGAGUCGCCUCCUGGAUCCACGCGUCACAUCUAAAGCCUGCUUCAGCGCCAGAGGACGGCUCCUGGGAACUCAAACGGUCUGAUAACCCCUUGAAACUUAAACUGAGCCGAAAGACUCUUUGA